AUGCCUAAUUCGAUGCUUGCAAAUGAUUCUGAAGUGAUUAUUAAUGGUGAACCCCCAAUUUUGAAUAAUAAAGCUGCUCAGUUGGAGUCAUCCCCUGUUUUAGUUUCGAUCGAUUUUGAUGAUAUCGGGGAAGAAGUUGAGUUUUGGGAAUCAGCUGUAGUGGGUAGGGGAAUCUAUUUGGUUCGAUUUACCACCAUGGAAAACUGCUCUAAAAUCUUGAAUAAUGGCCCUUAUUUCUUUGAUUCCAAACCCCUGGUAGUGAAACCAUGGUCGGCUGAUGAGAAUUUCACUAAGGAAAUUGUCAAAACUGUCCCAAUAUGGAUCCAGUUGUCUGGGUUGGAUGUGAAGUAUUGGGGGGAUAGAAGUUUAUCCAAGAUUGUGAGUCCUGUGGGAACAAUGAUGAAGGUGGAUCAGGCAACAAAGAAUAAAGACAAGUUAAUGUUUGCAAGGGUGAUGAUUGAGGUCAAAGUGGAUCAAGAUUUCCCCUCUGUGAUUCAUUUCCAAAAUGAGAAAGGUGCAAAAGUUGACCAAAAAGUCAACUAUGACUGGAUUCCUCUUACUUGUGCUCACUGUGGGGGGAUGGGUCAUGACAAACUCAACUGCACUAGGAAUAAGAAUGGCCACACUAAGAAGAUGUGGGUGAGGAAACAGGUGCAGCCAUCACAACCUGUAGAGCAAGUGGCUACUAGGGUGGUUCAGAAUUCUACCAGCUUCACUCAAGCAACUAAGUUCAGCAAAGUGGUGGGUCAGCAACUUAGGCCAGUGAUCACUACCAACUCAUUUCAAGCUUUGUCUGUGCUUGAGUGUGAAAGGGAACCUGCAGAGGUGGUGGAAGGGGAUGUGUUAAUGGGUGUUUCAUCAUUAGGCAGGGGUGUGGCAGCCCCUAUGCCUAAUGGAUAA